AACCAGUGCACUUAGGAUCUCUAACUGCAUAUAUAAGUGCAACAUUGUAUUCGAUGACGGGAAAGACGAUUGGGGUGAUUCGUAGGUUUGGUCAGACAGUCGGGGUAUAGUUAAUCCGCUCUCCGGGGAGCAUCAUCGCCAAGGAACGACUGCCUAGUUGACUUGCUUCCUAACUACUUACACUCAACUCCACUACAAACUCACUCUGCCAGUACGAAGGUUUCUAUGAAAUCAAGAGCUUGAAGAAACCGUAUACUCGUCUAAAAACACCAGAAUGGCAGGCGUUGCAACCAAUCCACUUCUCUCCACCACUCGCGCCUCGGACACUAGCCCCACCAUACAGCUGCACCCGCUUGUUCUCCUCACCAUAUCGGAUUGCAUCACACGACACACAUUACGGAACCAGCAAGGACCUGUUGUUGGAGCAGUAUUGGGUCAACAAAAUGGCCAGGACAUAUCAAUGGAGGUUGCUUUUCAAGCAAAGUUGACUACAGAUGAUGCUGGAGAAGUAGUGCUGGAUAAGGAAUGGUUUAGUAAACGCUUGGAGGACUUCAAAGAUGUACACAAACAACCACCACUCGACAUCGUAGGAUGGUUCACACUCGGCUCCGCAGCUGGACCAGAACCGCAUGUCCUUCCAAUACACACACAAAUAUCCGAUAUAUUCAUCGAAUCACCGAUACUCUUCUUAUUUCACCCUGCAGAUGCUGAAUCUGAAGCCACGGCCGCUGGAAAAUUGCCGCUCACAUUGUACGAGUCGGUUCAUGAGAGCGGACCGGGUGAAUCUGGUGACAAAGCCAUGGACAUAGACGGAGCAGUUCGGGAUAGACCACUCAAGUUCCGCGAACUUGCCUACACUAUAGAGACCGAUGAAGCGGAGAUGAUCAGCGUUGAUUUCGUAGCACGGGGCGGAGGUAACGCUACUGCAGUCGAAGGACCCUCGGCAACAGACUCAAGCAGAAUUAAGAGCGAUGAUGACAAAGGCAAGAGCGCAAAGGGGAAAGGGAAAGAGAGGGCGAAGGAUGAAACAAUCGACGAGUCGACCAUUCUAACAGCAGAAGACGACGAGCUCCUCUCGACGCUAACGGCAAAGAUGAACGCUAUCCGCAUGUUGAGCCGCCGAAUCUCACUCAUUCGUACCUAUCUCGCUUCUCUCCCACCGUCGUAUCUCUCCGAUCCUUCGCUUCCAUUCAACCCCACUCCAUCCGCCGACCAUCCCCUUCCUCUCAAUAACCCUAUUCUCCGCAGCAUUUCGGCUAUGCUUGCUCGUCUCAACAUCCUCGCUCCGUCCGACUCCGAAGCCUUUACCAUUGAGUCCCAGCAAGAGUCUUCGGACGUUCAACUCGUCCAACUCCUAUCCUCGAUCACCAACUCAGUGUCCGCAGCUAAGGACUUUGGUCGCAAGAGUCAGAUCGUUGAAAAUUCAAGGAAUCAAAGCAGACGAGGCAUAGGCGCCUUGAUGGGUGGAUAUGAUGGUGGAGGUGCGCCGUUCUUUAGCGGCGGAUUCGGGGGUGGCUCCGAUCACCGGGAAUUUGGCGGAGAGCGGUGA